CGGGGUGGCCGCACCAUGUCCUUCAGCCCAAAGCACUCCACUCCCUUCUCAGUCACCGACAUUUUGAGCCCGAUGGAGGACAGCUACCGGAGGUACGGAGGUAUGGAUCCCGCCGCGGGGAGCCUAGGGUCUCAGCUGAGCGCCUACCGGCAGCCGCAGGUCUCACAGCCGGGUAUGCAGCAUCAGCAGCAGGGGCAGCAGCAUCAGCCGCCUCAUCUCCACCAUCAUCAUCACCACCAUCACCAUCACCACCUGUCCUCCUCUUCAUCCUCAUCCUCCUCCUCUUCCUCAGCCUCGGCCACCGCAGCAGCAGCAGCAGCCGCCCUGGGACCCAGCGGGCCCUAUCAUGUGCCCCACGGGGUGCCACAGUUCUCCGGGCCCGUCAGCGGGUUCUGCAACGGCGGCAUCGGCAACGUCGGAGACCUGCCGUCCUACCAGGAGACGGUGCGGGGCGGAGGAGCGGCAGCGGCGUGGUACAGCAACCCAGAGCCCAGAUACCCGACAAUUUCCAGAUUCAUGGGCCCCUCCGCCGGGAUGAACAUGUCCGGGAUGGUGGGCAGUUUGUCCGGGAUGGACUCCACCGGCAAGUCCAUGGUGACGCUGCACGCCGCGCCACGGAGGAAGCGGCGGGUGCUUUUCUCUCAGGCGCAGGUGUACGAGCUGGAGCGGCGCUUCAAGCAACAGAAAUACCUGUCCGCCCCGGAGAGGGAGCACCUGGCCGGACUGAUCCACCUCAGCCCGAACCAGGUGAAAAUCUGGUUCCAGAAUCACCGCUACAAGCUGAAGCGGCAGACCAAGGACAAGACCACGCAGCAGCUGCAGCAGGACGGGAGCAGCGGCGGCGGCGGCGGAAACGGUGGAGGUCUGUGCGGGACGACCCACCGCUCCUCCUCCGUGUCCCCGGUCCUCUCCAAGAACGGUAAGAGCUGCCGGAACGACUCCAGCGGCUCCAAUCAGACCGGAAACCGACAGAGCAACACGGUGGAGGCCUUGAACGCGACCCCGCAGCAGCAGGUGAACCAGCUGUCGUCCACGGAGGAGCUGGAGGACUUGUCCCCAAGUCCGCCGCUGGGACUGCACGGUCAGAUCAACAUGACGCAGACGGACGCGGCGCUAAUCGAGUACACAAACAGCAUGAUCGGCUCCAAUUUACUGUACGGGAGAACUUGGUAGGAAUACCGGGAGGU